UAUUUUAAUGUGUGAACUGUAAAUCUCGGAUUGGAAUAAAUAAAUCCACAUCAUGAAAGAAACAAGUGUGUGUGUGCUCCUGGACUCCCACCAGUGGCUCAGGCUCACAUCAGCUGUUGGAGGCAGAUAUGAUGUAAUCAAGCAGCGAGGCAGAGCCAAGAACCGGAUCCCAGCGGCACGACACAUCUCAGCUGGAGCAAGACCUUCUGGAGAACGUGUCAGCCUCCAUGUUCGGGGAACCCGGUCGUCGACGGUGGAGGACUUCAGCCGGGGAGGUCUGAGCCCCCCGGAUCCAGAAGAAGAGGAGGAGGAGACUGGAUACGGGCCAGCAGCAGCACCAUCACAACCAGUACCGCUCGGGGAUGCUGCUGGUGAACUUGACUCCCCCAUUAGCUGUAAUUGACCCCCAAAAGUCGAGACUCCUAUCCGGCGCAUGCCCCUACAGCAUCUGCGUGAAAAUGACCCGCAGUCCGCCUCCUUUGUCGACAUCAGCCCGCCCCAGCUGUCGCCUCUUCGCCCGUGAUGACAGGAGCGACACAUGCAGGCCUUUAAUCUCGCUCCUGGAUCUGGUUUAACUUCUGAUCUGAUGUUCUGAGGCGCGCUGGUUGCUCUCAUCACGCAAACGAACCUCCUGCCUGCAUCGAUUUUCUUGACAGUAGACAUUUUCGGAAUCAGUAGAUGGGCCUCGUCCGCUACCCUGAUGGGGUCUGAGCUCCACGGUUUCCUCCUGCCAUGAUGGCCCUGUGACUCCCGGAGGAUCUGGCUCCGACAGCAGCGUCCAUGCAGGUGUUGUUUCUCUGCAGGGGGGAAUGAGCUGAAGCUGAAGCCAUCACCGGGGUGUGGAGGUGCUGAAAACCUUCGUUUGCCUUUCCCAGCUCAGGUUUAAACCAUGGCCAAUGAACCUGUCAUCCUUAACGUGUAUGAUAUGUACUGGAUAAACGAAUACACCUCCAAUCUUGGCAUUGGUGUCUUCCACUCAGGCAUUGAGAUUUAUGGCAGAGAAUUUGCAUACGGAGGUCAUCCCUACCCUUUUAGCGGCAUCUUUGAAAUCAACCCCGGCAACGCCGCCGAACUGGGAGAGACGUUCAAAUUCAAAGAAGCCAUUGUUUUGGGCACCACAGACUUCACAGAGGAGGACAUAGAUAAAAUCAUGGAGGAGCUCGGUAAAGAGUUCAAAGGGAACGCCUACCACCUAAUGCACAAAAACUGCAACCAUUUCUCCUCCUCGUUAUCUGAGCUACUGUGUGGACGAGAAAUCCCUCGCUGGGUUAACAGACUGGCUUAUUUCAGCUCCUGCAUCCCCUUCCUGCAGAGCUGCCUGCCCAAGGAGUGGUUAACCCCGGCGGCUUUGCAGAGCCACAUCAGCCUCGGCCUCCACAAAGAGGAGCAGAACGAGUCGAGCGAUGAGGACCCUUCGCCCUCAUCUGGUGCGGCUGCCACUGGCUCAGGCUCCUCCCACAGCUGUCGCCACACCAGGGUGUAAACUCACCCCCUGACCACCUGACCUCACAGUUCAGCCUCUGAGAGAUUUAAGAGGCAGGAAAAACCGAGUCUCCUGCUGCCAGAGAUUUUGGACCUGUGGACGACAGGAAUGACAGCAAAACUUUGAUCUGAGCCCUGACGCAUCGACCAGAUUCCAACAGAUCUUUUUUUUUCAAAGUGAUUUUUAGUCUUUUUCCACAAAAGUUCAAAACCCUUGUCAGCCUUGAUCCCCACCCUGCCUUCUAAGCUGCUUUUGUACGACAACCCCCCCCCACACACACACACCCCACCCCCCACCCACAAAAACAAAACAAAACUAAAAAAACUAAAACAGGCAGUGACGUUACCGGGAAACUGCUAAUCACCUAGUUCUGGUAAACUAACCUUUAAGUGGCCUUCAGAUGAUACUGCUCACUUUGGUUUCAUGUGUGGAACUUUUCAUUGGACAUUCUUGAGUUUUUGUUUACUUGAGUUUUGAUGAGAAAAAAUGAAAACUUGAGACAUCCACAAGGAUGUCGUCUUGUAUUAAUUUUCCUUUUACUUUUGUAAUAAAAAAGAAAAUCUCUUUCUCGGAAAUUUAAAUCAUAAAUGAGCACUGGAUGGGUAACAACUUUCUCAAUUAUUGCAAACAAUCCUGAGCAAAUUUUACUUUUAACUCUGGGUGAGCAUCUCAGAAGAAACCACUCUAAAAAGAUUCAGCUUCUAUUCUGGCAAUCCUUUUAUCCACAUUUUGUUUUAACAUCCAAGUGAUUUUUAUGCUUCAAGAGUAUAAAUUAGAGAAUAUAAAGCAUCCAUAAGUUGGUUUAAAGUGCUCUAAACUUAUUUUCUUUAAUGAAAGUAAAGAGAAACACUGAAAUGUUUUUCCAUCAUGGUGGGUCGACUCAAACAUCUGGGCAGAUAAAAGGGAAUUUAACUUGACCAAAACAGCAGGCUCAACCCUUCAGAUCAGAUUGUUUAAAGAAGACAUAUUAUGACCUAUAAUAGCCCUAUAGUCGAGAUACAAAACAUGUUCAUGAGGUUCUUUGCACUAAACCCCUCUCACAUAAAGUAAUUUCAGCACAUUUAUUGUUGACAGUUUUAGUACCUUCCAGAAUGAGCUGUUUCAGGCUCUGUCACUAAGAAAAACAAGCUAGAGCAGGCCACACCCACCCCUCUUCGCUCAGGCUGCUAUAAGCUGACAAGCUCUUCUAUCUGGAAAUGGUCCAGAAAAGAGCUGCUGCUCUUCUACCUGCAGAUGAGAGGUUGUUCUUUUAUAAUUCACCUGUUUGUGACAUCACAAAAGGGGACUUUUUGAUCUGGCUUGUUUUAGGCGCAUAACUCCUAAACCAAACACUGACAGAAUAUGGAUGGGCAGCUUUUAUUCACAUCUGGAGUGUUUCUAGAGGCAGUAAAGACCCACAUGGCAGCUCAAAAGGAUGCAAAGGGUGAGUUUAACAUAUGUCCCCUUUAUUUUAUUUAUUUUAGUAAAUGCAAAACUUAAAAUCGAUAAAUCAGGAAUGGGGAUAAAAGUUUAUUUUCUGAAUCACUUUUUGCCCAACAACGGCUAGUUUUAGCCCCAAAAAUCCCCAGAGAAGAUCUUUUUUUGUCCUUUUGGUGUUUGUCAAAUUAUGCAAGCCAUAUGUAAUGUAAUGUAGGAUCCGGGGAAGGUUCUGAGACCUGUGGGCGUGCCUCAUGCUCGUCUUUUUCCACAUGUCCUGUGUUAAUGCUCACACAAUUACAACCCUGUUUCAAAGAAGUUAACAUGCUGUGUAAAAUGUAACAAAGAAAAAAAAAAGCAGGAAUAUUUAAAUUAGGAACAGGCGUAUAAAAAAUGUUCAAUGUGAACAAGAAUAUCCUGGUUUUAAAGCUGUAAAUUUUAAUUUGUUUCAACAAAAAAGUAAAGCUAAAGAGACUUUUUGUAAGAUAAACUGUUUACCCACUGUUGCUUGAUAUAAAGUUAUAUCUGAACAACAACUGAGUGUUUUUUAUCCAAUAUUUCAAUUUCUGAAAUGAUUUCAAUCAGUUUUGAUUUUUAAACCAACAGAUAUGUUAGUUUAGCUGUUUUCACGGGUUCAGAAUCCUACUGAAAAACAUAAAGCUUUUCCUGAAACUGAGACCAUUUGGGUGGCAGCUUACAGUAUUUUACCAACACCUGUUUCUAUUAUUCAGCCCUGAUGGUGCCUUUACAGGUGUGGAAGAAAUAAGGUCAUCAGUCCAGAGGAAUGUGUUGAUUUUUGCAAGAUGUUUCCAACAGUAUGAUGUGUUCAAAUCAUUUUAUUAUUGUUAUUAUUAAUAAAUUAAAAUGAUGUAAAAUUCUCACUCUUUCCCAUUUCAAUUAUUUUCCGAUUUAAGUUUUAAGAUGUAUCUUUGUACCAUUUUUGUAAUUUUAUCAUUAUUAGUAGUACUUGUUAUGUUCUGUUUUCGUCCCCUUUUUACAAGGUACCCCACUUUUUGCAUCAACAAUCAAAAUAGUGGUGUUUCAUCUAGUUUGACUAUUCAUUUUUCUCUAGAGUUAGAGAAAAGUUUUACAACAGUGAGAUCAGCAGAUUAUUUUUAAAGUCAAUAAUUACUUCUAAUCAGAGUGGGAAGAGAGGAUGGCAACUGGACACAGCAGCAACUGUUUUCCCCAGGAAUAGCAGGCGUUUGUGGCUGUGACCUUGUGAUUUUAAGUUUCUCCUGGCCCUGUGGUGUGUUGAUGAACAGCCAUCUUCUGUCAGGAAGUAGAUCACAUGACUUCUGGUACAACUGAUGGUCCACCUUCUCUUGCAGGACUUUUACAGAAACAGGAGGAAAUCGUUUUAUUUUAUUUUUUUCAUGUUGACGACUAAGCUAUGUUAUUGAUUUACUUUCCCCAUGUAUUGUGUUCAGACAUUUGGAAUAUUUUGAGUUGAUGGAGCUGUACAGUGAUCGGUUUAACCGAUUUUUUUAUCACUUAAAGCAGGCCAUGGAAUAGUUAUUUAUCUCCUGCUGUACAAUGUCAACCUAAACUGUAUUUUCUUUCCUAAUCCCAACCUGAUCUAAGAAUGACUCUAGUUCUAGAAUAAAGAGAUGAAUUGCAAAAGCAA